UGUUGCAUAGUAUAUACCUUUUAAACCAUGGACGAAGAACCUGAGAGAGCAAAGCGAUGGGAAGGAGGCUACGAGAGAACAUGGGAAAUUCUUAAAGAAGAUGAAACUGGCUCUCUUAAAGCCACAAUAGAAGAUAUUCUCUUUAAGGCAAAGAGGAAAAGAGUAUUUGAGCACCAUGGACAGGUUCGACUCGGAAUGAUGCGCCACCUUUACGUGGUAGUGGAUGGAUCAAGAACAAUGGAAGACCAAGAUUUAAAGCCUAACAGACUGACAUGUACUUUAAAGUUACUGGAAUACUUCGUAGAAGAAUAUUUUGACCAAAAUCCAAUCAGUCAGAUUGGAAUAAUUGUGACCAAGAGUAAAAGAGCUGAAAAACUGACUGAACUCUCAGGAAACCCAAGGAAGCACAUAACAUCUCUGAAGAAAGCUGUGGAUAUGACCUGCCAUGGAGAGCCAUCGCUCUAUAAUUCCUUAAGCAUGGCUAUGCAGACUCUGAAACACAUGCCUGGACAUACAAGUAGAGAAGUCCUAGUCAUCUUUAGCAGCCUCACGACUUGUGAUCCGUCUAACAUUUAUGAUCUAAUCAAGACCAUCAAGGCAGCUAAAAUUAGAGUGUCUGUCAUUGGAUUGUCUGCAGAGGUUCGGGUUUGCACCGUUCUUGCUCGUGAAACUGGCGGUACAUACCAUGUUAUUUUAGAUGAAAGCCAUUAUAAAGAACUGCUAACACAUCAUGUUAGUCCUCCUCCUGCCAGCUCAAGUUCUGAAUGCUCACUAAUUCGUAUGGGAUUUCCUCAACACACCAUUGCUUCUUUGUCUGAUCAAGAUGCAAAACCUUCUUUCAGCAUGGCGCAUUUGGAUAACAGCACUGAGCCUGGGCUUACAUUAGGAGGCUAUUUCUGCCCACAGUGUCGGGCAAAAUACAGUGAGCUUCCAGUUGAAUGUAAAAUAUGUGGUCUCACUUUGGUGUCUGCUCCCCAUUUGGCACGGUCUUAUCACCAUUUAUUUCCUUUGGAUGCUUUUCAAGAAAUUCCUCUAGAAGAAUAUAAAGGAGAAAGGUGUAUGUUUGUGCUGUAUGCCAAAAUGUUUUCUGUGUGGACUGUGACGUGUUUGUUCAUGAGUCUCUGCACUGCUGUCCCGGCUGUAUUCAUAAGAUUCCAACUUCUUCAGGUAUUUGAUCCCCACGUGUGGGUUAAGAAGAAACAUGCACCUGUACAUAAAUGACUCUUUAAAUUGAUUCUCCAAUUAAGUUGGGAAGAACCAUUUGAGAGGAAAAUACGAUUUACACUUUUUCAAUCAAGAAAAUACGGUAUUUUUUUAUUUGUGUACUGUCACAGAAAUGCUUAGAACCCAGCUAAUUUUAAGUCAUAAUGGUUUUGGUCAUUAGGCAUUAUGAUGUAUAAAUUACUAAAAAUGAUGAAAUAGAUAUGGUAAUCUCAUGGCUUUAUAAUUGGAAUAAAUGCAGAAUAUGAUUUUUUAAUGUGUUGAUUUAGUAAAAAUUAAGGACAUUUAGGAAAAAUUAAGUGUAGAUUAAAGUUUAGUGUAAAGUGGAAGUUACCCCAUAGUUAUGAAUACAUAUGAAUACAUACACAUAUGAAAGGUUAUACUGCUACAUUUAACUAAAUAUUUGGAAUCCAGAAAAUUAAUACAUCUGGAAUUAUUGGCAGUGACCCACAGGGAUCUUUUAGGUUAAACGUGAAACACACGAUACUGUGGCCACACCAGUGUAUUCAAAGGCAGGUCUGUUUCUGGCAACAGAGCUUGAGAGCUAACUGAAUCUCAGAUCCAGAUGCAAUGAGGGCAAAAGUCUUAUUUAAGUCUUGCACUCUUGUAUGCUCAGCUUAUAGCUUAAAAUAUUUUACUUGCGGGGUUAUAUCUGAUUCCAGCAUUUUGUUGUUAUUUGGUAUCUGAGACUUGUGAAGGUAAUGUAGUCUCUGUCCUUGUUAGCCUUGCUUAAUUUCAGCUCCGGGGAUUAUUUCAUUUUCUCUUUCCAACUUUCCAACCCUGAAUCAUCAAAGAAACUUAGGUGAGAAUGUAUGAUGAAGUCUGUGUUUUAGGUUCAGUGCAGAUGUCUCAUAAUUGGCAGGACGCCUUUCCAGGCAUACCCUAUUGAGUGAAUAAAGCUUCCAUAGCAAAGGUAUGUGUAUUUUAUAUCUGUAAACUUGAGUCACUCUAGAUUGAGUUCCAUGUGAAUUGUGAUUUUAUAAAUAAGAAUGCUUGCCAAUGGUGGUGCAUGACUAAUCCUAGCUACUCAGGAGGCUGAAAUCUGAGGAUUGCAGUUCGAAGCCUGCCAGGGCAGG